GCCGCUGUGUGAUAGUGUUACACAAACGUCAACACUGUCUUUUCCCUUAAGAAAGUUGUUGGUCGCCGGCUGCCAUGUGAUCCGUCUGCCGAGCUCAGCCAGAAUGUCAACCGUCUUUUGUAGCCUAUUGCACGGUAAGCGACACCCCUCUUCCUCGGUGUCGACCAACUGAACCGCAACACGUCGACGCUGUCCCGCAGAGGGUCUUCCCGGCCUUUUAAAUUCAGGCUGAGUUUCCAGUGAAGUUUGCCGGUGAACAGGGAGCUUCAGCAGGGAGCAACAUGCGCUCCUUAGCGGGACUGGCUGCCAUUGUGGUGGCGGCAAGCGUCUACCUCUACCUGCUGUCCACUCACCUUCCCCCGGGACCGAAGCACGUCCAGUCGGACUCCGAGGGGGGAGAAGUCCAGGAGUUCAGGCUGAAGUUCCCGUCGGACCUGGAUGAGCUGCGGGAGCUCGCGGAGAUGCUCAAGUUUUAUAAAACAGAACAUCACGGCUAUGUUCUGCUGCUGUUCUGCAGCGCCUACCUCUACAAACAGUCCUUCGCCAUACCUGGCUCCUCCUUCCUGAACAUGUUAGCUGGGGCGAUAUUCGGGCCGUGGGAGGGUCUGGUGUUGGCAUGCCUGCUCACCACUUCAGGCUCCACAUUCUGCUUCCUGCUCUCCUUUGCGUUUGGAAAGCAGCAUGUGAUUCAGUUCUUCCCCGAGAAGGUGGCCCUGCUGCAGAGGAAGGUGGAAGAAAAUCGUAGCAGUUUGUUCUUCUUCCUCCUUUUCCUUCGUUUCUUCCCUAUGACUCCUAAUUGGUUCCUUAACAUCACCUGUCCUGUACUCAACAUCCCUAUGCCUAUUUUCUUCUUCUCUGUGCUCAUAGGUUUGAUCCCCUACAACUUCAUCUGUGUUCGCACUGGCUCCAUCCUCUCAGAGAUCUCCUCUCUGGAUGAUAUCUUCUCCUGGGGGACGCUGGCCCAGCUCCUGGCCAUCGCCCUCAUGGCUCUUGUCCCUGGAGCGCUGAUCAAACAGUACAGCAAAGCUCACCUGAAGGUGGACGGUAUGGACAGUAAUGGACAAGCUGAAAUUAAGCAGGACCGCAAAAGACGAUGAUUCUGGGAUAAAAGAGGACUCACUGGGUUUGGUUUGACACAACAUCAUGUAAGAAGGGGAAAAAAAAACUCUCCCAUGGCAGGCAUGUGACAUUUUAGCCUCGUGAUUUCUGUAAGGUCACACCAAAGGCCAUCAUACUUAUAGUGUGAUCUGUUCUGAAAGUUUGGAAAUGUCUUCAGGUCACGUUACACCAGGCUUCAAGACUGCAGUUUCCCAAAGAUCUCUCAAUGCUAAUACACAGAGCUAAGGUUUUAGGGAAAUUUUCUGAGAUGGGCCCUGAAAGUCCUUGGAUUUACACCAAAAUAUGGUCUUAAAAGUUAAAAGAGGCUGAAUGGUGGCUUUUGAAAGUGCUACAGUAGCUUUAAAAUGAAUGAAAUCACACUGAUCAUCUUGACAUGAGAUCAUUGUUUUAAAAAUUGGCCCGUAGAGUUGGGGUAAGGGAUUCUAGAUAAUGCUAAUUCACUUCUAUUCAAAUUCAGCUAUAUCUCCUCACGGUCCGCUAGCUUCUGGCUCUGUGUGUGCUGCUCUGUGUGCUGGCGUUUGUUCAGCCCUGGCUCUGUAAAUUGGAAACAAGCAGUGGAUCGGACUGAGCCACACAUCGCUAACUUGUUUUUCCAGCCAUUCCAGCUAGGAUUUGUGUGUCAGGUAACAUUAAAUGACUUGCCAAGGGACAUUCAGCUCACUUUCUAGUUUGCCAAGAUAUGCUGUUGUUGUGAUGUUAGCUGUAGUGGCAGGAGAGUUGUGAGUAUGGCUGUCUGGAGCUGGUGUGCUGUUGACGCCUCCUCUCUGCAUGUUCACUGCACAGCAUCAACUUUAGUAACAGUUUGCAUACAACAUAGCUAACAUUAGUUACAUUACAAGCUGUGUCUUUGUUCACACUAUAUCAUGGUAGUUGUCAUAGUAUUUGAUUUCUCUAGAAUCGCUUACCCCACAUAUAAUGUGUUAACUCUGAGGAAUGACCCCAACACACGAACAUUUAAAUGUAUCCAAACUAGAUCUUCAUUUUCAGUCAAUUGUUGAGAUAUUGGAAAUUAAACAUCCUCUCACUGUCAUUAUUGCUGUCUUACAGUACAGUUUCCAUCUCAGGGCCAACCAAGGGCAACCUAUCAUGCAUUAAAGGUGGUGGUCUGUCGUGCUUUGUGACGUUUCUCUCUCGAUCCACCAUGACUGCAGUUGUAAAUGUUGACCUUCUGUCUAGUGUAUUGCCAUUGUGCCAAGUUAUCACUAGAGCUUUAAAAGUAAUUUGCCCUGUGUAAUAAAUAUGUAGUGUAGAGCUGCAGAGGACGCCCCACUUGACACUGCGGUGGAGAAAUCUGUUCUGGCUUAAACACGUAUGUAUGUCCUCACAGACUUUAGCCACUUUUCGUUUCUUUAGUUCUUUGUUGGUUUUACAGUCUGCUGUGGAUGAUGGAAAUCAGACAAUAACCAGCUAGAGGCAAUAAUGUUUCUUCUUGUUGCAUAUGUUUACUCAGUAAUUCAGUUUGCAGCCUUUAAGGUUCCAGGAAUUGGAUUAGGAAAAAAAAAUAUUUUAGCGCAUUUGGAAUUAAAGAUUGAGCGUGUCCUUUCCUAAAGCACUUACACAUGUGUCUUAAUGUAGUUGUGGCUGUAUUUACAAAUGAGUUUUACAUUAAGAUCAGGUGUGAUCUUCUCGUGGUAGUAUCAAGAAAGAGAAGACAAAAUUAAUUUGAACAACAUAGUGAAAUGUGAUGCUUUUCUGAACUCAAUCAGUUUGGAGUUAGCAGCUCCCCAAACUGUACUAAAAUAUAAAGGUAUCCUCUUCUAGUCUGAAAUAAAGUUUUGUAUGUUUUCUAUAUAACAUUACCUACAUUAUGAUCUUGUUGCUGCCAAGCACAUUGAGUCUUUUACUAUUAGGCUUAUGUGCAGGUCAGCUAACAGAUUAGGCAAAUUGCAAAUUGUCAAGAGCACCUUGACAUCACCUUCACUACCUCUCUUCUUCACUAAACUCAGACAGUGUAGGGUUUUCAAGAGUGUUCAGAAGCAGAUACUAUGUAGGUAUCAUAUGAAUGUAUGUGUUCAGUUAGUGGAAGUUGGCAUACAUAGGGCCUUAUCUUUUCAUCUUACAAAAGAAAACCACCAGCUUUGGUUUUAAGUUACUCUCAAGGUAAUGGAAUUUAGUUUGGAAACAGCCAUGUGAAGAUCACAUCUUGUGCUCCUGUAAUAGGCCUUUAACUGAUGUUGGUGUUGCACUUUAUGUUGGCUGCUGUCAGUGUAACAGCAGUAAGUUUGGUAAUGUACUAUUUUAUUUUUCUAAUCAGUAUUUUGCAGAACAGAGUCUCUAGAGAAUAGUCAAAUUGUAGCUUCUUUUCGCUUGCUUUUACAGAUCUGAAUCGUCUACUGUAUAUUUUAUUAGGUAUUUCAGGAUGAUCUUUCGUAAAAUGUACAUGUAGUAUUUUGUGUUUCUAAUCUUGUACUGUAGCCUCACAGUGUAGUGACAUUCCGGAUUUUUACAGCUACGGAGUCACCUUUUUUAUACGUCAGAAUAGCUGCUCCCAACACAAACAGGGAAAAUGUUGGUGGUUCCACUGUCAUGAAUGUCAAAAACACCCAAAGUGCCAGAUAUCCUGUGUUUAUCUGCUGUUCACUUCCCAACAGCUAAAUAAAAUAAAUUCAAUGAGUUUUUUGUCAGCACAUUGCAGAGGCAGUCCUAUGAAUACAGUUGCAAGUAAAAAAAUUUUUUUUUUGCUUUUGACAAUGUUGCUUUAAGUUUUUAAAGGGCUUUGUGUAGGUCUCAGGAUGAGAGAUUUUUGUUCUUGUCUUGUUUGACCAAAGAAAGGAAUCUGUAAAAAUGUAAUAAAAUUUGUUAUGUCUG